AUGCACUUGACUUUAAUAUCCAAGAGCCAUUUAGUCAGACCAGUCAUUUUACUCCAUACACUCAGUACCAGUAGAGCUAACCGCCGAGAUUUAAUCCACGAACACAGUGCAAGGACAUUUUUCAAACCAUUAAACGGACACGUGUCGUGCGCUCGCCGGCCGCCGCCCGCCAGUCGCUCUACUGUUGACCGACUGUCGCCCGACUGUUGUCCGACUGUCGCCCGACUGUCGCCCGACUGUUGCCCGACUGUCGCCCGCUGCGGCCGAACGCAUCCGGCGGGAAUCUAG